UCCCAGACCGGCUCAGUGGAUGGACUUGGCUCCGUGCCCGGCGGAGGAUGAUGUCACUGUACAUCACACAUUAUGAAGUGCGGCCUCUUGAUUCAUCACAUCCAACUCUCAUCUCUCUGUGUUUGGCUCCAGUGAGCAAGGUGCAAACACAUCAAUAGUCCCUGUGAGGGGGAAUCUUAGCGCUCAUAUCGACCGUGACAACAUCCCCCAGAGCCAGUGCGCAAUUUACAACAAGGCCUGCAGCCGCUCCGUGACUGAUUUGGAACAAGUCCAGCGCGGAGCUGAGGGUGCUUAUGACAGUUGUGUUAAUUCAGAAAUAUGUACGGUACACCACUGCUCUCAAUGAAAGCAGCAGAAUUGAUCGGCGACUCCGUCCAUUCACCCUCCUGACCGCCCCCGUUUCAUCAAAUUGGCGUGACCUAUCGCUGCUGUCGUCACGGGGCAGCGCGGCGCAAACAGCGCGUAUAAAUACAGGACGGACCUCACCGCCGGAACCAACCUGGAGCUCUGACUCUCCUCCUCCGCUGGACUCCGGACCCACAGGACCCCUGGCAGCAUGAAGGGUUUCAGGACCGUCACAUUAACUUAUGUACUCGCCCUUUUGCUACUGUCGUCGUUUAUCUCACAGUCGUGGAGCGCACCCAAGGGCUCUUUCCAGCGCAGGAACUGGACCCCGCAGGCGAUGCUGUACCUCAAGGGAACUCAGGGACGCAGGUUCAUCUCAGAGGACCGGAAAGAAGGAGACGUGUACGACACCUUACACUUAGAGACCCGUAGUCAGAACACAGAGAAGCUGAGCGUGGACCAGGCAGCCACCGUCCUGCUCAACUUCCUGCAGCAGGCCAGAGAGGGAGCUGAUGAAAACCCAGAUGAGGUGUAUUUCCAGGAGCUGCCGGUGUGGAAGAGAGAAUAUUUCUAAUACUCUUUCAUACAUGCUCUUUGAUGGUUUUUUUGUGUAAGGUGUUUGGUUUUGCGUGAGAAAAACAGCUGUUUUGUAAAUAUGAAUUUUCUGACUAUGUUCAAAAUGUGAUGUUUUAAUAAAAACAGUUUGAAUUCCUAGCACUA